CCAGGCUGCAGGUGCCGGGCCUGGGCCAGCAGGACAGCUGCGACCCGAGCGCUCCCCGGGCGGCGAGCUGGGGGUGCGCCCGGACCCCCGCCCCCGGGAUCAUGGGGAAUGGCAUGACCAAGGUACUUCCUGGACUCUACCUCGGAAACUUCAUCGAUGCCAAAGACUUGGAUCAGCUGGGCCGAAAUAAGAUCACACAUAUCAUCUCCAUCCAUGAGUCACCCCAGCCUCUGCUGCAGGACAUAACCUACCUUCGCAUCCCAGUGGCUGACACCCCUGAGGUCCCCAUCAAAAGGCACUUCAAAGAAUGUAUCAACUUCAUCCACUGCUGCCGCCUCAAUGGGGGGAACUGCCUUGUACACUGCUUUGCAGGCAUCUCCCGCAGCACCACUGUCGUGACCGCGUACGUGAUGACGGUGACUGGGCUAGGCUGGCGGGACGUGCUCGAAGCUAUCAAGUCCUCCAGGCCCAUCGCCAACCCCAACCCAGGAUUUAGGCAGCAGCUUGAAGAGUUUGGCUGGGGCAAUUCCCGGAAGCUUCGCCGGCUGCUGGAGGAGCGCUUCGGAGAGAGCCCUUUCCGCGACGAGGAGGAGGUGCGCGCGCUGCUGCCGCUGUGCAAGCGCUGCCGGCCGGGCCCAGCAACCUCGGCCUCCACCACGUCGUCGCACCCCUCUGCCUCCGAGGGAACCCUGCAGCGCCUGGUGCAGCGCGCACCGCGGGACACCCACCGGCCGCUGCCGCUGCUGGCGCGCGUCAAGCAGACUUUCUCCUGCCUCCCGCGGUGCCUGUCCCGCAAAGGCGGCAAGUGAGGGUCCGCGCAAGCAAGCAGCAAACGAGGAUCCCGCCUUGCCUUGGCUCCCCUCCUCCCCACUGGUCCCCUUUGGGGGUGUCUGAGACGGCCUAGGGCCUGUGGGAGCCCUGCAGCGGCUCUGUCCCCCACCCUCACCCCCCUGCCCGCCUGGCUUGCCUGCACCUGCAGUCAGUGUGUUCUCCGUGUGUGUCUCUGGGUUUGAGCUGGCCUGCUGCAGUCACCUGGUGCCUUAGUCCCUGGGCCGGGUGAGGGGGCACCCGGGUCCUUGAAGGCAGCGGGAGUGUGAGGGGGGCGGGAGGGGGUUGGUGGGCCUGGAAGAUAUUAAAGAGACACAGAAGUUACCUGUCUGAGAGGCUCCCAGUCAUUCAGCAAGGUCAAGGCAGGAGCCCUUGCAGCCCCUGGGGCCCCAGCAGCCUGCACUCUGCAGUGCUGACCUCCGAGUCUAUACCCACUAUACCACCCCUCCGCUCCCGUGGUACCCCCUCCCAUCUCUCUCCUGAGCCCUGAUCUCCAGGCCAGGGCCCUGAGUCCCUCCUCUGGACCAACACUCUUCUCUCUGAACCCCUCCCUCUCCAUCCACUUCCUGAGUCCCUCCUCACCCCCCAUAAGUGAAGACCAGCUGUCGUAGUGCCUCACACCUGACCUUUUACAUGGAGGAGUCCACUUCAUCCUGAAGGAAGAAACUGAGGCUCAGAGAAGUCAGCUGCUUGCCCAGCGCACACAGCUGACGCAAGAGAGGCUGGAUUUGAAGCUAAGUGAUCUGAGUCCUGUGACGCUGUUAGGAAGCAGCUUCUUCUGGUCUUGGAGGUUACUGGUGAGAAGGAGCUUCUGCCCGGUAGAGUUUAAAGGCAGGACAGAAGGCUGAGGAUGGAGGGCCUCCCAGCAGCCAUAAACCAACAGACUAUUCCGAGGAUGACAGAGGUCACAAGAGCAGAUUAUUUUCCUGAACUGAAAUUAAACUAGGGCUGAGAAACAAGUAUAAGCUAUAGUCACCCACAUGGAGUUCUUAUGAAUCCCUAAGCACUGUGGUCAGGGCUGUUGGGGAGGCCCAGAUUUCAGCACUGGGGGGUCAGGGUGAGGCAAAGUAACCUUCAUCUGCGGUACUCCAACUUCUCACUCCACAGUCAUUCAUUCACCCGUGUGCCAGACAUUGGGGGAACAUCAGUGACAAAUCCGCUGCCCUCUUGGUGCUGACAUUCUCGUGUGAAAGGCACCAGAGAAGCAAAGAAACAAAAGAAACUGUGUCAGGCGGAGGGAACUGUAAGAAGGUCCUGAGCAGAAUUGUACGCCGGAGCAA